CUCCAUGCAGGCCUUCACUCGGGUCCUGUGGUGGGCGCCGUGGUGGGUUUUAAGAUGCCACAUUUCUGCUUGUGCGGGGACACCGUCAACACGGCCAGCCGCAUGGAGUCGAACUCCAAACCCAUGCGCAUUCACAUCAGCGAUUCCACGGCCGCCCUGCUGCGGGCCUCUGACGAGGGAUUCAAGCUGGAGCGGCGAGGAGUUAUCCAGAUCAAAGGCAAGGGUCCCAUGCUCACACACUGGCUGCUGACGGAA